AUGGAAGAAAUACAGAACUACAACGAUCCAGCCAAUCAAGAAAAUAGCCCAAUCGCUUCUGCUAUUUCUAAUGAUAAUAUUCAAGCCCCUGAUAGUCAAAGCCCAAACCCAGCAGCAGCUCCUGCCAACCUAGCAGUCACAUCUCAUACUGAUAUCCAAAUUGAAGACCAACCAAUCUUAGCUGCCGCUAACAAAAUCCACUCAAAUAACUCAGUGCUCCAAUUUGAAGGUUUACAGUUUCUUAGAAAAUCCCUUUCUAAAGUUGAUAACCCACCUAUAGACGAUGUCAUCAAAACAGGGAUUUGCCAACAUAUAAUUUCCUUGGCAUACGAAAAAGAUGACGAUAAAUUUUUAUUUGAAGCUACAUGACUAUUUAAAUUUUUUUAAUAAAAUAAAUUUACGGUGCCUAAAUUCAUAAUCCUAUAUUCUCUGUAAUUAAAUUAAGGCUAAAUGAUGAAACUAGGCUAUUCCUGUUAAGGAGAAUACAAAUAUUUUGUCAGGAAGCUCAGAACAGGGCUCUUAUUUGCUAAAACUUGGUGUGCUGCCUUUUUUGUUUACUGUUUUUAAGAAAAAUAAUUAUGAUAUUAAAGAACAGGUGAUGUGGGCUUUUGGAAAUGUCGCUGGAGAUUCUGCUAAAUGCAGAGAUACAAUUUUAAACCACGAAAAAUUCAAUUAUGUUUAUGAGUUUUUGGCUGAAGUCGACUUUCAAAAGCAGAGCGUAAUAAGGACGCUGUCAUGAGUAGUAUCAAACUUCAUAAGAGGAAAGCCUCAGCCCAAACUCGACAAGGUGAUACCUUUAUUUUCAUUUCUAGAAAGAGUCAUCCUGGGAAUUCAUGAUGUAGAAGCCCUUACAGAUGCAACCUGGGGAUGCUCAUAUCUUACAGAUAUAGAUGGAAGUUUACCAAUUUUCAAAAAUGAAUUACUCCUUCCUAAACUCAUUAGCUUUUAACUACAUCAUUAUAAUUCCUUAUUUUAUUAAAAAAUAGUAAAAUCAAUUAUAUAAAUCGCUCUAAAUAUCCCAGCACAGUACAUUUUUAGAAAAAAUAAUCCAGCAGCUCUCUAGUAAUAAUGCUUCUUUACAAAUUUCUUCUCUCCGGACACUUGGCAAUAUUUCAUCAUCAUUACCAAAUUCCUACGAAAUUAUGUUCAGACUUGGGUUUUUAGAUAAAAUAGACGAAUUAAUUUUAUGUCCCAAAAAAAACGUAAGAAAAGAAAUCUGCUGAAUGCUGUCAAAUAUUUGUGCAGAAAAAAAAGAAGCUGUUGAAGGGCUGUUAGAAAGAAAAGUUUAUGAGAAAUUAUUGAAGGUAUUAAAAGAAGAUAGUGAAGACGUUAAAAAGGAAGCAAUUUGGGUAAUAGGAAAUACAGCUACAGUUUGCGAUGCAGAGCAAGCUAGAAGAGUAGCCCAAAUAGGGUUGAUUGGAGAAAUGAUAAGUUUGGUAGAUAAAAUGAAAGCAUCACAGAAAGUUGUACUUGAAGGGCUGACUGAAUAUUUUGGAAAAGAUAAAAAUAUUGUGGGGAGUGAGGAAAGAAAUAGGCUGAUUAGGGUGCUGGAUAGAGUGAUUGAGGAAGGUGAAAAUUCUGAUAAGGCAGUGAGCUUGAGGUUAAUGCUGCUUGAUAUCAAUAAUGGUGAGGGAAAUAAUUAA